AUGGCCUCCGCAGGCGACGAGCCCUCGAGGCCGCCCGCGCCCCGAGACGAAGAUGCCCCCGACUCGUCCAAGGUGCGCCGCACCGUCAUCGAGAAUGCCCGCUCCGCCGCCUCCAAGGAGCAGUCCAUGACGCUCCUGCAGGGCCUCAAGCUCUACCCCAAGGCUGUCGCCUGGAGUCUCCUCAUCUCCACCUGCAUCGUCAUGGAGGGAUAUGACAUAAGUCUUGUCAACAACUUCUACGCCUUUCCCCAAUUCACGCGCAAAUAUGGCGUACAACUGCCAAAUGGUUCCUACGAAGUCCCUGCUUCCUGGCAAGCAGGCCUAAGCAAUGGCGCCCAAGUCGGAGAAAUCAUAGGCCUCUUCAUCAAUGGUUUCGUCUCGGAGCGCUUCGGCUAUCGGUAUACCGUCUUGACCUGCCUCGUCCUCGUCGCCGCCUUCACCGCCAUCUUCUUCACCGCCGCCAAUGUCCAGACCCUCCUCGUCGCCGAGAUCCUGUGCGGCAUCCCCUGGGGCAUCUUCCAGACCCUCACCGUCACGUACGCCUCCGAAGUCUGUCCCGUCGCCCUGCGCGGCUACCUCACCACCUAUGUCAACUUUUGCUGGGGCCUCGGCCAGGAGAUUGGCAUUGGCGUCAUCCGCGCCAUGCUGAGUCGCGACGACGAAUGGGGGUUUCGCAUCCCCUACGCCCUCCAGUGGAUGUGGCCCGCGCCACUCUUCAUCGGCAUCUGGUUCGCGCCUGAGUCCCCCUGGUGGUUGGUCCGUCGAGGCAGGACUCAGGAGGCCAAGUCGUCCCUGUUGCGCCUGACCAGCCUCGACCGCGAGACCGACUUUGACGCCGAUGAGACGGUGGCCAUGAUGGUCCACACGACAGCGCUCGAGGAAAAGAUGACCACUGGCGCCACCUACUGGGACUGCUUCAAGGGCGUCGACUUGCGCCGGACCGAGGUUGUGUGCAUGACCUGGGCCAUCCAGAACCUGAGCGGCAACUCCUUCUCCAACUACUCGACUUACUUCCUUAAGCAGGCCGGUCUACCGGAGAAAACGUCGUACUCGUUUGCUCUGGGCCAGUAUGCAAUCAACAUGGUGGGCGUGUUUGGUGCGUGGGGUCUCAUGACGCUGGGCAUCGGCCGCAGGUCCCUCUAUCUGUACGGGCUGUGCGGGCUGUGUGCCAUGCUCCUCGUCCUGGGGUUCCUCGGCCUCGUCCCCGAGGCGCACCGCACGGAGGCGUCGCUGGCCACGGGGAGCAUCAUGAUUGUCUGGGCCCUGAUUUAUCAGCUCACCGUCGGCACCGUGUGUUACUCGCUCGUCAGCGAGCUGUCCUCGCGGCGGCUGCAGAUCAAGACAGUGGUGCUGGGCCGGAACCUCUACAACAUCGUGGGCAUCAUAACCGGCGUCUUGACGCCAUAUAUGCUGAAUCCAAGUGCGUGGAAUUGGAGCAACUUUACCGGCUUCUUCUGGGCGGGCAUAUGCUUCUUGUGCAUCAUCUACACAUACUUUCGCCUGCCGGAGCCAAGAGGCCGCACCUUUGCAGAGUUGGAUGUGCUUUUCGAGAAGCGCGUGAGUGCCAGGAAGUUUUCCACGACAGACGUGGAUGUUUUCCACGAGACGGUAGAGGAACAGGUGAUGGACCGGUACGAAGUCAUUGUCGACAACAAGGCGCCAGCCGACAAGGCAUGA